AUGGCUUCCAUUACUGCAAAUUUCAUCAUCCUACUCUUGUCGAUUUCAUUCUCAGUGUCUGCAACUCUAUCUGCAUCAAUUAUAGAUGACCUAAAAAGUUUAAAACCACCACAAGAUUUCAACUCCACAAUCAUGAAAAACUGUCUUCAAAACCCAUCUCUCAGAUAUUGCAGUACUUCUACUCCAAUGGACCUUGAUGAGAUUUUCAAAUCCACCAUUGUUGCAAGCCAUCUCUGCAACGAGUCCAAGAACCCGAACUGCGUCGAUUCGUUUCCCAAAAUAGACCUUCGAAGCCGCCCAAACAUUGCACCACUCUACUUGUCAUUCAACUUCUUCUGGAAGUAUUGUCCUUUAAGCAUCUUAUCUAUUGACCUGUCCAAUACCUCUUUGAAGAGCAAUUUUCCCAUUGAUGUUCUUCACUGCACCCAAAUCCAAUCUCUUGAUAUGAACCAUAAUGAACUGUAUGGCGAUGUGCCAACAGAGAACUUAUCUGCCCUCACAAAUCUCACAGUUCUGAAUCUGUCAUAUAAUCACUUCUCAGAGAGUAAAAUCUCUGAUAUCCUGUUCUUCAAAAAGUUUAACUCUUCGAGUUUUCUUCAUUCGGGUCUCAUUCCAGAUCACAAAAAGUUCAAAAUCAAGGCUAUAGUCUUCUUGGUUAGUUUUCCUCUCUUUGUGAUUCUGAAGGUAUGUUGCUUGUGGUGGCUCUGUUUCCGCAGGCCUGAUUUCCUCCCAAGAGUGUUUCGAAGAAAGCACAGGUUUACACCAGCAACGCUCAAGGCAGCAACAAAUGGAUUUUCGAGAAACAAUUUGAUGGGGAAGAGUGCAUCAGUUGAUAUUUAUAAAGGAAUUUUAAGAGAUGGUACUGAUGUUAGGAUUGAGGUUUACGGUAGUGACAACCACCCGCAAGUGAUUGAAGAAUGCAAGGUUCUUGUUCAGCUAUGCCACAAGAACCUGGCUAAUUUACUGGGUUGGUGUGAUAACCGAAAGUUGAGGGCCAUUGUUACUGAAUGGAUGGAAGGAGAGAACCUAGAGAGCUGGCUCAUGGGAUCAAGUUUUACACCAUGGAACUACAGGUUGAGAAUAUUGAUGGGGGUUGUGGAAGGCAUGUUUUAUCUACAGGAGCAGUGGCCUGAAGUUGGGUAUGAUCUGAGGACAAGUAGUAUCAUGUUGUGCAACUACAAUCUAGACCCAAAGAUUUCAAGGUUUAAAGUUGGAAAUCAAAGCACUAGCAGGAGAAGGAUGUACAGGUUUGGAUUAUUUCUGCUAGAGAUGAUGGUAAACAGGAGGCCACAAGAAGAGUUUGAGAGGGGCGAGGCUGGUUUUAUAGAGUAUAUCAGAAUGCAUUAUCCUGGAAAUUUAGAGCAACUGAUAGACCCAAAAAUGGAACCGACUCGAAACACCAUCGACCAAGCUAAACAGGCAAUAUCCCUGGGGCUUAUGUGCACAGAAGUAUCAAGCAACCGGCAACCAAGCUUAGAGCAGGUGUAUAAUAUUGUCAGUAGAGCCUACCAGUCUUGCAGAGUUUUAGCAUCCCAUCAUAAUCAUAAUCAUUAUCAUAGAAGAAUUCAUGCAGACAGAGGAAAAGGACACAGGCAUGUGCAAUCAAGAUGA